AGAAACAGAGAGCGGAAAGCAUCGAAGCACCCGAUCGAGAGCGAGUGCGUCCUCCUCCCUCCAUGGAGUUCACCCUCGAGGAAGGACGAAACCUGUCCGCCGACUGCCCCUCGAUUCUUCUGCCAGGGCUGUCGAUCGGCAACGUCGGGCAGUUGGCGGUCGAUCUCCUGAUCUCGUCGACCGGGGCCAAAAGAGUUGGGUUUUUGGAUGAGCCUUCCCUGCUCCCUUGCGUCGGAAAUGAUGCUUACGGUCCGGAGCCUGAGGGCGUCCUUGCGCUGCCCCUCGAGGCUUACGAAUCUCCUCCACAUGCAUUAACUCUUAUCCAGCAAAGGUCUCCAGUUAUCAAGGGAAUGAUGGUUGAGUUUGCAAAGAAUUUGGCAGAUUUUGUGUCAAGCAUUGGAAAGAAACAUGUUAUUAUUCUUUCAAGUCUAGAUUCUGGUAGAAUGAAAAAAAUUGUCGCAUCCAGUGAUAUGCAGGUUUACUAUGUCUCAAGCACCAACAAUGAUGGAAACGAUAGUGAUUGUGAGAGGUUAGGAUUUAAGAGGCUUGAGGAAUAUGAUCCAACUCAGAGACGAUGGAAAUAUCUUAAUGAGCUAGCUGAAGGGAAAACUGAUCACGAAGAUGAGCCCAGUUUUGAAGAUGAAUUGGUUCAUGAUGACUAUUAUCCCGGCUUACCAUUUGCUGCUCUGUUCUCUUGUUGCAAGGCAAAAGGUCUGAAAGUUACUUGUUUGUUAUGCUAUUGUUCCGAGGGGGACAACAUUGCAGAUUCCUUUCAAUUGGCUGAUGCAGCCUGCAAACUGUUGAGGCUGACCCCAGAUAAGUUAUCUGGUCAUGUAGAGGGUGGGUGGAAUAUACCACUAUCAUGGCAAUCAGUUUAUGGGCCACCACCUGAUAUGUCACUUUUCUGAUCUGCUUUCAUCUAUCAUGGUAUUGGGAACAAAUCAAGGUGUCUUUUUGUGGCAUGUACUAGCAAUCUUUAGGAAACCAAGGGCUGAUAAGAGAUGGCAGCCUGCUUGUUAACCUUUUAAAUGGACAGAAUGGCAACUAUGAUAUGGUAAUGCAUGAUGUUUCUUCAGACCCUAGAUUUCAUGUUUCUCAUAUCCCCUUUUUUUUUUAUAAAGCCAUCCAUAUUUUGAGCAUUUUUCUGAAAAGAUGAUACUCCUCUGGCCGCCUAACUGCAUCUAUUCAUAUACAUCUAAUUAUUUGUUUAUCUAGGUCUCUUACCUUGGUUGAGGAUUACUCCUUA